GAAAGCCCGGGCCAGAGCGAGAAAAGCAUGGAGGCAAACAUGACCCCCAAAAGAACGUUUUCAGUGUCUUAAACAGAUGAGUAAUGUGGAGGAGCUUGCUGCUGAAGGGCACCACCUGUGUCCUGCAGGUGAGAGCCCCUAGGGUGUUCCACAGAAGACUUUUUACCUCCUUCAGUGUCAGACUUUUAGGCCAGAGGCUUAUUCAUAGACCCACUUCCGUCCAAUUAAUCCAACGGUUGCAAGGCACAGACUGCUUCUUGGCACAUUGUAGGACCUAUAAAAAGGAUGCCAAGUCUACUGGAGAGUUCCCUGUCAGCCCAGUCACUGUCACAGAUAUCAAGCAGUACCUUCGCUCCAAAGACGUUCCCUUCCAUGAUGGCUACAGCUGCCUUCACAUUCCGAGUAUCUUUAUUGAAUCAGCAGCUGGGAAAGAGAGUUUCUCAUUGUUUAUCGACAAAACUACAGGCCAGUUUCUCUGUAAGGACACACUGGUGGAGGGGAGCUGGGAAGACCUCCAGGACUGUCUCGAGGUGAUGCAGAAGGAGGAGCAGCACUUCCUUAGCCCCCAUGUGCUGUUGGGUUAUUCAGAGAGUGAGGAGGAGCAGGAGGAAAAGAACCGUGAACUGAAGGAAGUGCAGAGGAUCUGGUCCACCUCUGUGCCCCUCACCGAUCUUCCAGAGGAUGAGGCUCAGCUUAUUAAAACCAUGUUCCAGGUUACAAAGAUCACUAAUUCUACCUUUAAAAAGUUUGGUGUGAGGCUCUUCAGGCCUACAAAGAGUCUGGUUUUUCCCUGGUUUGGAGGACCGGACUCUGCUUUAAAGGGAGUUAAACUCUUGUCUGCCCAAAUCACAGACACUGACAAAGUUACUUAUAAUGAAGCUACAAUCCCCAAGUACAGCUGCUACUACAACUUGUUUGGCCUCCCCCUGGUGGGCCGUAUGGACUCAGAGGUGGUUCUGACUGGAGGUGAUUUGGACACUCUAGCUGUAAGCCAAGCCACUGGGCUCCCCAGCGUUGCUCUUCCACGUGGGGUCAGCUGCCUUCCACCGAUCUUGCUGCCCUACCUCGAACAAUUUAAGCGGGUCACGUUGUGGUUGGGGGGUGACAUUCGCUCUUGGGAAGCCUCAAAGAUUUUUUCUCGCAAGCUGGGUCUGAGGCGCUGCUUGCUUGUGCGGCCUGGUGAGUUCCGGCCAUGUCCAGUGGAGGCCCUGGCCCAAGGGAAGAACUUGAGUCAAAUCAUCAACACAUCCAUCCCAGCAGCACAUAAGUCCAUAGUGUCUUUCAAGCAGCUCAGAGAGGAUGUGUACGGGGAGUUAGUAAACACAGAGCAGGUGGCUGGAGUCAAGUGGACAAGGUUUCCUGAACUCAACAGGAUCCUGAAGGGGCACCGCAAAGGGGAGCUGACAGUCUUCACAGGUCCUACUGGAAGUGGAAAGACCACUUUCAUCAGUGAGGUGGCUCUGGACCUUUGCAUGCAAGGGGUCAACACAUUAUGGGGCAGCUUUGAAAUCAACAACGUGCGCCUGGCUAAGAUCAUGCUGACGCAAUUUUCCAUGCAAAGACUGGAGGAGAACCUGGAACAGUACGACUUCUGGGCUGACAAGUUUGAAGAGCUGCCACUUUACUUUAUGACUUUUCAUGGGCAGCAGAACAUCAAGACAGUUCUUGACACUAUGCAACAUGCCGUGUACCUCUAUGACAUCAACCAUAUCGUCAUUGACAACCUGCAGUUCAUGAUGGGGCAGGAAAACCUCUCUGUAGACAAGUUUGCAGUGCAGGACCAUAUUAUUUCAGCAUUUAGGAAAUUUGCCACCAAUAGCAGCUGUCACAUCACCCUGAUCAUUCACCCAAGGAAAGAGGAAGAUGAUCGAGAACUACAAACUGCAUCCAUCUUCGGUUCGGCUAAGGCCAGCCAAGAAGCAGACAACGUCCUCAUCCUGCAGGAGAAGAAGCUUGUCACAUGUCCCGGCCGAAGAUCCCUGCAGGUGACCAAGAACCGCUUCGAUGGAGACGUGGGCAUCUUCCCUCUGGAUUUCAUCAAGUCCUCGCUCACCUUCUCGACUCCCGUCAAAGUUAAGUACAAGCUGAGGAAGACCCCCAGCCAAGAAAAUGAGGAGGCCCAGGAGAGCAAGGCGGCACCAAAGAAGGAAGAGGUAAAAAAAGAAAAAGUACCUAAAACAACAAAGACUUCACGAUCUGUAAAGAAUCCUACAACGGGAAAUGAAACCAUCCAGAAAUAAAACUGAUUGUUUUUCUUUCGGUGUGGUGGGGGAUCAGUGAAAAUAAGACAUUGAUAUGUUUUAUGUGAAACAAUGUCAGACAGUUUUAUGUCUGUUCAACUAAGCUGAACAUUUGUUAUGGUAAUGCGUAUAACUGUACAUAAUAUAUAUUAAAACAUGAGUUAAGGUAUCUCAAAUUCGCAGUAAAACAGUAAAAAA